UUCGACCACUCACAGGAGGCGUGGUGCGCAGUCGUAGCAAGAGAGUAGGCCGCAUCGAGACAGUAGAGUGUUGUACCCGGUGAAUUUGCCUGCUCAUCCAGUGCCUGAUUGCCUGCCUGUCAUCAUGUUUCUAACGCGUUCCGAGUAUGACAGGGGGGUCAACACAUUCUCUCCCGAAGGCCGACUUUUCCAAGUAGAAUAUGCAAUUGAAGCCAUAAAGCUUGGUUCCACAGCUAUCGGCAUCCAGACUUCUGAGGGGGUUUGUCUGGCUGUAGAAAAGAGAAUCACAUCUUCGCUGAUGGAGCCCAACAGCAUUGAGAAGAUUGUAGAAAUUGAUGCUCACAUAGGCUGUGCCAUGAGUGGAUUGAUAGCAGAUGCAAAGACUUUAAUUGACAAAGCCCGAGUUGAGACACAGAAUCACUGGUUCACAUAUAAUGAGACUAUGACGGUUGAGAGUGUCACGCAGGCCGUGUCUAACUUAGCACUGCAAUUUGGGGAGGAAGAUGCUGAUCCUGGCGCUAUGAGCCGUCCUUUUGGGGUAGCAUUACUAUUUGGCGGAGCAGAUGAGAAGGGGCCCCAAUUAUUCCACAUGGACCCUUCAGGCACUUUUGUACAGUGUGAUGCUCGUGCCAUAGGAUCAGCUUCUGAGGGAGCACAGAGUUCAUUACAGGAAGUUUAUCACAAGUCCAUGACCUUGAAGGAAGCCAUUAAAGCGUCACUUACAAUCCUCAAGCAAGUAAUGGAAGAAAAACUGAAUGCAACAAAUAUUGAGCUUGCCACGGUAGAGCCUGGGAAGAAGUUCCACAUGUACUGUAAGGAAGAUCUGGAAGAAGUAAUUAAAGACAUCUGAACAUUUCUGGACUCAUAGCAACGGAUUAAGACCACAACUGAUAUUCCCUUUCCUUACUCUGUUAUUUUUUUUAAUGAUUGUCUCUGUAUAUAGAUGAAGUUCCAGAGAGUCACCUGAAAUAAACCAUUUUGUUAUUCCUUACUACAAA